UACUGCCAGCUAGAGGUGGACAAAUAAUAAUUAUAUUAUUUAUAAUAUUUUGGUGGAGAGGAAGUGGAUUAUAAUACAGUCAGCAUGGGCGAUGUGGACAAAUGGAUAGAGGUAGUGAAGGAGUGCAAGUACCUGCCGGAGAAUGAGCUGAAGAAGCUGUGCGAGAUGGUGUGCGACAUCCUGCUGGAAGAGACGAACAUCCUGCCCGUGAGCACGCCCGUCACCGUUUGCGGCGACAUCCACGGUCAGUUCUACGACCUGGAGCAGCUGUUCCGAACGGGAGGCCAAGUGCCGGACACCAACUACAUAUUCAUGGGUGACUUUGUGGAUCGGGGCUAUUACUCGCUAGAAACCUUCACCAGACUGUUGACCCUGAAGGCCCGCUAUCCCAGCAGGAUCACCCUGCUGAGGGGCAACCACGAGACGCGGCAGAUCACUAAGGUGUACGGCUUCUUCGACGAGUGCUUUAGCAAGUACGGCAAUGCCAACGGAUGGAAGUACUGCUGCAAGGUCUUCGACCUGCUCACCAUCGCCGCCAUCAUCGACGAAGAGGUACUGUGCGUGCACGGCGGCCUGAGUCCCGAGAUAAUCACCUUGGAUCAGAUCCGGACGAUCGAGCGCAAUGGCGAGAUACCGUACAAGGGGGCCUUCUGCGAUCUGGUGUGGUCCGAUCCCGAGGACAUGGAGUACUGGGGCCAGAGUCCGCGUGGAGCCGGCUGGCUUUUUGGCCACAAUGUGACCAAGGACUUUAUGGCGAUCAACAACUUGGACCUGAUCUGCCGGGCGCAUCAACUGGUCAACGAGGGCAUCAAGUACAUGUUCGAGGGCAAACUGGUGACCGUGUGGUCGGCACCGAACUAUUGCUAUCGAUGUGGGAAUGUGGCUGCGAUCCUGAGCUUUGAAACGGCGCAGCAAAGGCAGACGAAAAUCUUUCUUGCGGUACCGGAUGCAGAACGGGUGAUACCCAAGCAGAACACAACGCCCUACUUCCUCUAAAACGAUGCAAUUCCCCGUGUGAUACGUACGAUACCAUACCAUACUAUACCGAUCCAUUACGAUCCGCCCACUGUUUUGGCAUCGUGGCAAAUAAUCAUCUACGCUUGUGGAGCAGCGGAGAGCAGCCUUCGACUGAUCCAUUUGUAUACCUUUAAACGCCUUCAACUCAGAACAUCCACACCAAACACUCAAAACAGAAACACACACCUUUUCGUAUGGCAAACACAUAUCUAUUUAGUAAGAUCAACGUUUAACCUUUUGUUAUUUGUUUUCGGCAAGUGAAAGUGCAACACCAAAAAAAAAGUAUAGAUUCGAUUUGUUUAGGAAGUAUAUCCAAGUAUUGUAUUUACUGAUUAUGGAUGCUGGAGCAGCUAGAGACAUUUACAGAUGCAAGCCUUUAUAUGAUUCACUAUAUUUUGUAUUUCACUAUAUUUUGUAUUCCAAACUUAUUUAUUUCAGUGAACAACACACGAACUAUAUAUUUUGUACAUUUUGUAUUAAUAAUGCUUUGAAGAAAAUAAGUGGCACAACAAGAACUAAGAAUAACCAAAUGUGUGAUCCCGAUCAAAACGAUACGAUUAAAAGAAAAAAGACAAUUUUGAAA